AUUGCUGCGUGUGAAAAUAAGAAAAAGAGAGAAAAAACAAAUACUGAAAAUACAAUUAUACAAUCGCGGAGGUGUUGUGUGUGUGGUGUGCCUGGUCUCCCAUAGAGGCACUGGUGUUCCAUUGCAAAGAUGGCCUUGUUAACACGCCUGACCAGCAGCGGCACUACAACUGUGGCACCUGGUUCACCGAAGGGCCUACAACGCUUCCAAAACUACCUCAGCGCAUUUCUCUGGCCGGGAGCAUCGACGUCGCAGCGACAGCAGCGCAAAACCUCCACUCAGCUGGAUGCCAUCGAUUGCUUCACUAACGAACUGGUCACCCGCAAGACCCAAAAAUGGGAGGAACUGCGCGAGAAUCUAAUGAAACCCACUGCGGAAGAGGCCAACUACGGCGGCGGCUUUAACCAGAAUGUGGGUCUCAUGUCCAAGGGGAUGAUGAGUGACCUGAAAACACUGCGCUCUCCCCAGCUGGGCCUGGACAUACGUUCGCUGUCGCAACCGCAGCUGGACAAUCUGCUGUUAGCCACGCUGGAGAUCAAGAAUAAGGUGGACUUUCUCUACCUGAUCCGGCAGUGUGUGCGCUGGCAGCAGUUGCCCUGCAACGAGGUGCUGAUCUCAUGCCUAAAGUAUUUGAGCUCAUUGGGUCGGCUGCAGCAACUAGAAUCGCUGGCGGAGACGUGCCGGCAGCUGAAGCAUCCGUUUGCCAGCAUGUACUCGGAUCUGGCGCCGUUCAAGGCGAUUGCCCUGUGGCACAAUGGCAACUCGGAUGUGGCGCUGAUGACACUGCAUCGAGGCUACAGCGGCAGCCUGCACACCGAGGAGGGCAGACGCAUGAUUCGUGUCGCCUUUCGCACCAUUGUCGAGGAGACAUUGGCCCAAAAGAGCGAAGCUGUUCUCGUCUCACUGCUGGAGGUGGCGCGUGCCAUUCAUCGCGAGAACAACGACAUCUUUGUGGUGGCCUGCGUGUGGAAACAGUGCUUUGCCAGCGAUUGGUUUUGCGAUCAGAAAUCCGCUGGCGAACUCUUCGAGCACUACAAGGAUCUGCAGCAACUGGUGGAUCGCAGGGCCAGUGCACUCUGCUCCUCAUUCCUGAGUCGACACAAUGUGGACGCAGUGCAUCGCCUGAUUGAGGUGUUCUUGCAACAUAAUCAGCGCAGCGCCUGCGCCAAUUGCCUGAGUUUGCUCUUCAACUAUCAAUACAUGCGCAAGGAUCUGCGCGCCUGCGCUGAGAUUGUCAAGUCCUGCAGCGAACUGGAAAUGCCACUGAAUGAAUUGCAAAACGAACAGUUUCUCAGCCUGUUUCUCGAUCAAAGCGAUCCAUUUGAGGCCAGCUCAGCAGCCGGCAAUAAUCGUAAUAAUCCGGCCACCAAUGCCAAAUACAAGACAAAAUCGUUCCAGUACAAAUUCUAGAGGCAGUUUCGUUGCCCACAAUGCAUCCAACAACAUUGCUGUUGUUGUUGCAUAUACGUUACAGCAAUAUGCACCAAAUAUGUUUACCACUUUAAUAAAUGUUAAUUAACUUAAA